AUGGCUUCUAUAGAAAGUGACGACGAAUAUGUUGACGUUUUUGAUGGUUUGGUUGAGGAGAUGAAUAUUGAGGUUUUGGAUAACGUACAAGGGUCUAGUUCCUCAUAUGUUAGUCCUGUUUGGAAAUUUUUUGAAAAAGAUCCGAAAGACGAAACGAAAGCUCGAUGUAAAAUUUGUUCGUCGAUGCAUAAUCGCACUGGUAGCUCAACUAGUAACCUCAUUAAGCACUUGAAAUCGGUCCAUAAGAUAGAUCCUGGCUGUAAAAGAUUGCCCAAAAAGGGAAAAAGGGUGGCUAAUAAGGGAAAAGCUACGAAGAGCAAGGCUGACAUUGAGUUGGACCGACUUUAUGUUAUGUGGCUAUGUCACGAUCUCUUGCCAUUUCGAACUGGAGAAAGCAAAUAUUUCCAGAACUUCAUUGCUGCUCUAAAGCCUGAUUACGUCAUUCCAUCAAGAACUAAAAUCAGCCAGCGCCUGGUUCCAGAACUUGCAAAUGAAAUUCAAGAAAAACUUGUCAAGAUCCUACAACAACGGGAUGUUACAGACGUUGUGUUGACAACUGAUGCUUGGACAUCCAAAUCUUGUGACAAUUAUGAGGCUCUUACUGCCCAUUUCAUUUGCAAGAAUUUUGUUUUCAGAUCGGCUACGUUAGGUAUAAAAAAACUUGACAACCAAACAGCGGAUGGGCAUGUGCAACUAAUUGAAAAAAUGGUCAGCAAACACCAAGGGCUAAUGGAACGAGUAACAACAUUAACUUCCGACAAUGCGGAAGUAAUGAAAGCCACUUGUCGAAAACUUGGAGUCAGUUGGUUUGGAUGUAUUCCUCAUACCAUUAAUCUUGUCGUAAAACAUGGUCUCAAUAUUUCGGAUUGUGCAAAUCUUCUGGCUUCCAUUCGGGCAAUCGCUUCUUACUUUCGCCGAAGUGCGAAAGCAACUGCUUUAUUGACUGCAGAACAAAAAAAACUGAAUCUUCCAGAGCAUAAGAUCAUAAGAGACAAUGAAACCCGCUGGUCGUCUGUUUACUUCAUGCUGGCCCGUUUUCUUGAACAACAUAAGGCGAUUUAUAACGUCUUAACUGAUCUUAAAUCUGAUCUAGCUUUUCCGUCCUUAUCUGAUUUGAAAGACCUUGCCAUGCUGAGGGAUUAUUUGAAACCCUUUCAAGAAGUAACCACAGUAAUGUCGUCGGAGACGAAUGUUACUGCCUCGUCGGUGAUAUAUCUCGUCACUGAACUUAUGCGCCAUGCUUCAGAUUUCAGUUCCCAAUGUGCAAACAGAUACAAAGUUACGGCAGCUGUUGCUGCUACCAUGAGAGCUUCAAUGUUAGAACGAGGAUUUCCUUCCUAUGCAUCCAACAAAAUCCUUCUUCUUGCAACUAUACUGGACCCACGUUAUAAAACUGCUGGGCUACCAAAUGACGAAGCAGUUCAUAUGGCCAAAAGUGAGUUAUUUCGCAAGGCAGCUUUGCUUGACGACAACAAUAACACCAUUGAUGAAGUCGAAAUCGAGUUGCCAACGAGCCAACGCCCAAAAUCUAUUUUUGAUCGUCUGGAGAAAAAUCGAGCCCUUGUUAAUCAGUCAAACUCGAAUCGUGCUGGGUGUCGCCUAGAAGUUGAGUCAUACCUUUCGGAGUCGGCUAUUGGGAGACAUGAUGACCCUUUGCAAUGGUGGAAGGCCCGACAAAAUAUAUAUCCUCGUCUUUCGCUUUUAGCAAGAAAAGCACUUUGUAUCAUUGUCAACUCUGUUCCCUGUGAACGCUUCUUCUCAAAGAUGGGGCUGAUUAUAACAGAUCGCCGCCAACGUCUUAGUCAUCGUAAGGCAGGUUUGAUCGGGUUUAUAGCCCAGAAUUUGCAAAUUCUUUCUGAAGAAUCUGAAUAA